AUGAAACUUUCGUGGUCACUUGAUGGAUUAGAGGAUAGGUUGAAGGAACAUAGUGAGUUCAUUGAUUCGCUACUGUGUUUGAUACCUCCGAAGCAUUAUUUCAAGAAUGAUCCUAAUGCUUCAGACGACGAAGAAAAAUUUCAACCAAAUAAAAAGAAAAGAAUUCCUAAGCAAGUUAUUAAUGAACAAAAGAAACAAGCAAAAAAACAAAAGUCUCAAUCCGAUUCAGAUGACGAUGCCGAAAGUGAUGAAGAGAAUGACAAGAAUAAAAUUAUAACUGAAUCAAGGAAAAAGGAUUCACCAAAAAUACAACCGGUUCCUGACCGUCUUGCAAGAAUUAUUCAUUCAAAACGACUUGCAGAUACCACCAAUACGGAUUCCUCUAAAAAAGAUAAAAGAAAAAAAUUACAAGAAUUCAAGAAACAACAAAAGAAAUUAAAGCAAAAACAAUCAAAAAUUAAUAAGGAAGACGGUAGUCAAAUAAAAAGUGAAGAAAAGAAUAUAAAUGUACAUGAAGAUACCAAUAAAGAAGGAGUUUCUAAGAAGGUUGGUGAUAUCAAGACAGGUGAAGAUUUUAAAAAGACAGGUGAAGAUAUUAAAAAGGCAGGUAGAGAUAUUAAAAAGAGUGGAAGCGUUAAAAGAAAAAUUGGUGAUGAUGAUAUUGAGGAAGAUUCUUUGCAGCAAAAAAAUGGCUUACAAUUUGCUAAAUUUGAUUUUGCGGAUGGAAAAAAGAAAAAGAAAAAAAUAGAUGAUGUCCACCUCAAAGUCAAAUUACAAGAUAAAAUUGAAAAAGUAAAGGAAUUAAAAAAAAAGGAUCCUGAGAAGGCUGCAGAUUUACAAGAAAAAGAAGCGUGGGAUAAAGCAUUUCUGAAGGCACAAGGAGAAAAGGUUAAGGAUGAUCCCAAAUUGUUAGCAAAAACUAUUAAAAAGAAAGUUGUCAAAAAAAAGAAAAGUGAAAAGGCUUGGAAAGAUCGUAUUGAAUCUGUUGAAAAUUCCAUGGCUGAAAGACAAAAAACUCGAACAGAGAAUAUUAAAGCUAGGGUUGAUGCAAAGAAUAAAAAGAACGAUGAAAUUAUCCAAGAUUGCAUGCGCGAGCUUGAACGAGGUGAAAAUACUCGAAAUCCUUUUGCGAGAAUAGCAGAGGUUCUUCCCCAAUAUAAAGCUCGGCAAAUUUGUCAUCGCUAUCGUAAUAAAAUUGAUUCGCGCAUUUGUCAAGAUCCUUUAAACGAAAGUGAAAAACAAUUUGUUAUUCGUUGGAUUGAGACAAAUCAAACAUCGAGCGGUAGCGGUACCAUUCAUUGGAAAAGUUUGGUCCUCGAAUUAAAAAUUCAAUGUGGGAUAUUAAGAUCACGAAAUAAGCUUAAGAAUUUCUGGUAUUCGAGAAAAAAACAUCUUUUACAAACAAAAAUACGAACUGUCUCAAAAAGAAGUGCGGUCAUUUCCCCUUCCUUGUCAUUAUCGCCAAUUCUUCAACCUGUUCUACCUGAUUUCAUGGAACCUAAAUUUCAACCAGAUUUUCAAUUAAAAGAACCAAAGAUGGAACCACUCUUUAAUUAA